CCCGUGCUGUAACGUCCACUGUCAGCUCAACGUCGACAUCCCAACCUACUAUAAAAUGCUUCUUCCCCGCCAACCAUCACGAUACCUCUACCUUAGGUAGCUCUGAAUAACAGUCAACCUUUCAACCGACCAUCGACCUGACUGGCAAGAUCCACAUCAAACAAGACUGGCGGUGUACUUGUGGAAUUCAACCAUCUCUAUGAACGGACAGGUCCCAGUCCACCAUGUCUCGCCGCUUAUCCAUCUUCGGAAGGCUGGGUCGCCGAACCUCAUCGGCGACGGAAAGCACUGCAAUCAGCAAUGAGAACGACGGACCAGAAAUCCAUGGCAACCUCGCACCGCCCCCAGCCUACACCAUCGUAGACGAGUCGGCCACGGCGGACUUGACAGCUGCCUUUGAUCAACUAAGCCUUUCCAACGCGGCUUCCGAUCCAACUGUCGAUACCUGUCUUGCCCAUUUGAAGCUGUUGUUCGCCAUCCAGUCCAUGAAGGAAGAGGUCGGCUAUACAGAUGGCCUUUGGGGACUCUGGGACUCCCUUGCCGGGCCUUUCAACCACCUUGAACACACAUAUGCCGAUAAGAAGAAAACCCCGUCUGAUUCCAAGAAGCCCCUUGACAAGAACCUACUGGAAGACGCCGACAAGAAAAUACUCGAGAAUCUCAGCAAGAUCCGCGAGAAGCGAUGGGCCUUGUUCCUCGCGAGAGCUACCCAGAGAUACGAGGCGUGGUGGAAAUCGCUGCCUGGCAGUCAGCCAUUGACAGAAAGGGACAUGGAGGAAGAUACAUCCUUUGGAUACCAGACAUUUCCUACGGAUGACAGUGCUACCUUUGAUUGGAGCGAGGACAAGUUACCUCCUCUUGACGUAUUGAUGGUCUGGCAUACCCACAUGCUCAACCCCCGAGCCUUCCUUGAAGAUGCCAUGCUAGCUGGCUUGAGAGGCUUCUGGAAUAGAGGACUCCCGUGGCAUUUGGUCAACGCGGCCAUCGACUCCGACUUCAGCUACAAUGUAACGGAUCAGUGCAAGGCCCGAUGGACGAAGCAGACCGGCCUCUCUUGGGACAACCAAUCCGAUCCACUGGUCAAGGAAUUGCAAUGCCCCAGAUGCAACACUAAACUGUCAAUCCCCUGGACAACAUGCUCUCGGCCUGAAAACUUCCAUAAUCAAGCUGAACUACUGGACCUUACCGGCACUGGCUACGGUGACGGCAACCUUCAACACACAUGCAAAGGCUGUGGUAUUACUAUCUGUAAGGAACUCCUUUGUGCUUCCAAGUUUGUCAAGGACGUUGAAGCCUUGCUUGGGCCUACAAACCGGCCCAUCCCAGGAACCGUACUGGAACCUACAACCGGGAGACCCGCGAUGGUGCCGCCCGAGCCUGAAAGGUCCAUCUACCCUCGCACAUUUCCCAACCGUCUUCUCAAAAGCGGAUGCAACUCUAUUCGGACAAAGGUGACUACACUCAUGACCUCCAGACCGAACCCUACCAUGCAAGACGUUCGUGUCGAAAUCGAAGCCAUUCUUGGAAACAGCACAUGGCUGAGGGAGAUCAACAAAUACUCGAAUCCCAGGAGCGCUGCAUACAAGGUUGGCCGUGCCAGUAAGCUCAGCAUACGAAAAAUGAUGGGUCAUUAUUGGGAGAACUUCAGCCCCUUUGCACUCGAUCUGGCUGGCGCCGUUGUGCGACAGGGCAUCUUCAUCGAAAAGAUGUACAAGAUUGACUGGCUUCACAGCCCGUCGGCAACCGACACCAUGAAGCGACUUCUGCUCAAAUAUGCCCGUUUCUUCACCAUCAUGCAGAAGAAUCCAACCAAAAUGGCAGUCCCUACCCUGGAUAUCGAUCUCGCUUGGCACACACAUCAGUUGAGCCCGAGCAAGUAUUACAAGUACAGUAUCAACACGACCGACAAGUACAUCGAUCAUGACGACAAGGUUGAGGAGGGGAGACUGAGUGAGCAAUUUGAAUGGACCAGCAAGGAGUACCAGGAUACAUAUGGAGAGGUGUAUAGCGAGUGCACUUGUUGGUACUGCGAGUCUAUUCGGACCUCACACGUGAACUCACUUGGUCAAGUGCUGGGUGUUUCCAAGUCAGAGAAAAUUGCCGAAGCUUUCCACACCUCCGAAAAAGCCAAACUCUGCCCACCCGACAAGUCUGCCCACAUCUCUUCCCACAACGCCGUGAUGCUACACGUCGAUCCUUCGCAGCCUAAUCUAACCAUCCAGGACCGCGUGCGCGUGCAACUCGCUGCCCUUCAUCAGAAGAGACUGGACGAUGCAUACGCCAAAGCCAAGAAACGUGCCGAGAAGAAGGGCAGAACUAUUCCGCCUCGGGAUGCUGCGUAUUAUGACCACUGGGGAUACCCGUACUACAUGGCUGGGCCCUACAUGUACCCCAUUUGGUUUACCCCGGGCCUCUACUACGGUUGGGACCCUGGAUAUAUUGCCGGCUGUGGCACCGGAGCUAAUGGAGCCUGUGCUGCGGGCACCUGCGGAGGAGGCGUUGCUGCGGGUGGUUGUGGCGGUGCCGGGGGAUGCGGCGGUGGUGCUAGUGGUAGUGCCUGCGGCGGCGGCGGCGGCGGCGGGUGCGGAGGGGGUGGUGGAUGCGGAGGAGGAGGGGGAGGAGGAGGAGGAGGCUGUGGUGGCGGUAAGUUAAUCCUAAAUGAGAAUCCUAAAUACCGAUCAAGAUACUAA